AGUCCAUGGAACAACCGGAAUGGAGCACACCCCUCGCCAGAUCACACAGUUAACUUCAGGAGUUAACAUCGACUGAAUUUCCGGGCUGCAUGGUUGUCUCCACACCCUGACAAACGCGAUGUCUCUGCAUUGUGCUGGUUGCGAUCGGGAGGAGACGUCUCUUCUGGAGCGAUUAUAAAUGUAUGGGACACGCUGCGAUCCACCUGACUCGUCGCAUAUGCAGCCCCCCCUGUCCUCGAGCAACUAACCAGACUCCUCUACCUGGGAUACACCUGGACCACCUCAGGGUGGUCAUUCGUCGCUCAGUGCGCAUGCCCAUUUCGCUCCACGGACAGCACUGUCAUGGCGGAGACGAGUAAGAGCAGGAGGUGAAUCAGGAAGAGAUGACGCUGAAUGUGGGUUAAAACUGAAAUUUAAGAAAGUCAAGCGCUAAGCAGCUGUUGCGGAAAUACUGAACUGGGAACUUUUCCUCUGACGAGUAUCGCCGUAGUUGCAGUCGGACGUGCACCUGCGUUACGUUUCGGAGUUUUGCAGCUCACCCGUGCGCUUAUUUUACCUGUCUCCGGUCUGUGCUAGCGCUACACUGCGACUCUGAAGAAAUGAAAGUCACUGUUUCCUGUGCUCAUUUAAAAUUUGACUGAGCUGAGCAUGAGCAAACGCUCUGGUUCAUGCGUGUGUAGUUAUUAGCUAUGUUGCUGGCGAGCUAGCUUGACUUGGGGUUUAUCCAGCACAAUUCUUUUUGCACCUUAUCAAGUUUCGUAGGUAAAGGGGUUGUAUAGGGUAACGCCGCAGUCCCACGAUUCGGUGUCAGACUGAAAACUCAACACUUGAGAGCCGACAAACAUCUUGUUCAAUACGAAAAAUAUAUAUGUUUUAAAUCAAGAAUGCGGUUUGGAAUUUAGUUUUUUGAUGGGAACGGACAUAUUUUGCGCAUUUAACUUUCAUCUUAAAUAACACCAAAGGGACCUUUGACUUCCCCAACCGAGUUUCCAUUUCCACCGCUUUGGAAUAACAGGUGCCUUACCUGUAAGCGACACUUGUCCUUCAUUUGUCAUGGCGAGCGAGGAGACACCGGCUGCCGGAUUACAAGGUGAUGGAGUCAAGGAUGAAAAAGCGGCUACUUUGCCCCUCAACCCGGGGGUUCCGAUAAGGGGGAUCAGGAUGAAAUUCGCCGUUCUCGCCGGCCUGGUGGAAGUUGGAGAAGUUUCUGAUCGGGACAUUGUGGAGACGGUCUUCAACCUGCUGGUGGGAGGGCAGUUCGACCCGGAGCUGAACUUCAUCAUCCAGGAGACGGAAAGCGUGACCUGCAUGGUGGAGCUGCUGGACAGGUGCCCGCCCACCUGCCAGGCGGAGGUGUGGAGCGUCUUCAGCGCCAUCCUGAAGAAGAGCGCCCGCAACCUGCAGGCCUGCAGCGAGGCGGGGCUGAUCGAGCAGCUCCUGACCCGCGUCCACGGCGCUGACGGCGUGAUCGCAGAUCUGAUGGCGGACAUGCUGGGAGCCUUGGCCAGUUAUAGCAUCUCUGUCAGAGAACUCAAGCUGUUCUUCAGCAAACUGCAGGGAGAGAAGGGCCAGUGGCCUCCUCAUGCUGUAAAGCUGCUCUCCGUGCUGAAAUGCAUCGCCUACAAAAGUGGCCCAGACUCUUUCUUCAACUUCCCUGGGAAGAGUGCUGCGGCCAUCGCCCUGCCUCCCAUCGCCAAGUGGCCCUACCAGAAUGGAUUCACCUUCCACACCUGGCUGCGCCUGGACCCGCUCAACAGCAUCAGCACCGACAAGGACAAGCCUUACCUGUACUGCUUCCGCACCAGUAAAGGUCUGGGGUACUCGGCGCACUUCGUUGGAGGCUGUCUGAUCGUGACCUCGCUGAAGUCCAAAGGGAAGGGGUUCCAGCACUGCGUGAAAUACGAUUUCAAACCCCAGAAGUGGUACAUGGUGACUAUAGUGCACAUCUACAAUCGCUGGAAGAACAGUGAAAUCUGCUGCUAUGUCAAUGGGGAGCUGGCGUCGUAUGGAGACAUAACCUGGUUGGUCAGUACAAGUGAUACGUUUGAUAAGUGUUUCCUGGGCUCGUGUGAGACGGCGGACGCUAACCGGGUGUUCUGUGGCCAGAUGGGGGCGGUGUACCUGUUUAGUGAAGCCCUCAAUGCUGCUCAGAUCCUGGGUAUUUACCAGCUGGGUCCAAGCUACAAGGGCACCUUUAAGCACAGGGCGGAGAGCGACCUCCUGUUCGCCGAGCACCACAAGAUGGUCCUGUACGACGGGAAGCUGUCCGGCAGCAUCGCCUUCACCUACAACCCCCGGGCCACCGACGCCCAGCUCUGCCUGGAGUCCUCGCCCAAAAACAGCCCGUCCAUCUUCGUGCACUCGCCCCACGCCCUCAUGCUUCAGGAUGUGAGAGCUGUGCUGACGCACUCUGUACAGAGCGCCAUGCACUCGAUCGGUGGAGUGCAGGUGCUCUUCCCUCUCUUUGCACAGCUUGACUAUCACCAGCACAACAGCGACCAGCUGGACACCUCUAUCUGCUGCACCCUCCUGUCCUUUGUGAUGGAGCUGCUGCAGAACUCCAUGGCUAUGCAAGAACAGGUCGUGGCCUGCAAAGGCUUGCUGGUCAUCGGGUACAGUCUGGAGAAGUCUUCCAAAGUCCACGUGACCCGAGCCGUGCUGGACAUCUUCCUGGCUUUGGCGCGGUACCUGAGUAACCUGCAGAGCGGCGCCCACCUGCUCAAACACCUGUGCGACCACAUCCUGUUCAACCCCAGCAUCUGGAUCCACGCCCCGGCCAAGGUGCAGCUGAUGCUCUACACCUACCUGGCGACGGAGUUCAUCAGCACGAUGGCCAUCUACAACGCCAUCCCCAGGGUGGGCACGGUACUGCAGGUCAUGCACUCUCUGAAGUACUUCUACUGGGUGGUGAACCCGGAGGACUGCAGCGGAGUCGCGCCCAGAGGCCUCGAUGGCCCCAGACCCACACAGAAAGAGAUUCAUUCCCUGAGAGCCUUCCUGCUGCUGUUCAUCAAACAGCUGGUUGUGAAGGAUCGUGGAGUGAAGGAAGAUGAGCUGCAAAGUAUUCUCAACUACCUACUCACAAUGCAUGAGGAUGACAAUUUAAUGGACGUGCUGCAGCUGCUGGUGGCCCUGAUGUCGGAGCACCCGGGCUCCAUGGUGCCGGCGUUUGACCAGCGCAACGGAAUACGAGCGAUCUAUAAGCUUCUUGCAUCUAAAAGUGAAGCUGUUCGAGUGCAGGCCCUCAAGGUCCUGGGGUUCUUUCUGAAGCAUCUGCCUCCUAAGAGGAAAUCUGAGGUCAUGCUGGGCCACGGCCUCUUCUCUCUGCUGUCCGAGCGGCUGAUGCUCCACUCUGGCCAGUUCACUCUGACCACGUACAACGUCCUGUUUGAGAUUCUCACAGAGCAGCUCAGCACACAAGUCAUUCACAAACAGCACCCAGACCCUGACUCUGCCGUCAAGAUCCUCAACCCACAGAUCCUGAAAGUGAUCGCGGCCCUGUUGAAGAGCUCGCCCCAGAGUGCUGAGAGCAUGGAGGUGCGGCGGAUCUUCCUGUCAGACAUGAUCAAACUGUUCAACAACAGCCGAGAGAACCGCAGGAGUCUGCUGCAGUGCUCCGUGUGGCAGGAGUGGAUGCUGUCGCUGUGCUUCUUCAACCCGCGGAGCAGCGAGGAGCAGAAGAUCACAGAGAUGGUGUACGCCAUCUUCCGCAUCCUCCUCUACCACGCCAUCAAGUACGAGUGGGGCGGCUGGCGCGUGUGGGUGGACACACUCUCCAUCAUGCACUCCAAGGUCACUUUUGAGGAGCACAAAGAGAGGUUGGCAGGCGUGCUCAAGGAGCACCAGAGAGAGGGGUCGGGCCGCAUCAGAACGGUCUCAGGGUCCAGCAAGGACGCAGACGCCCUGACCCAGGCCAAUGGAGAGGAAACGCCUCCGUCGACCAUCAUUGAGCUGACCGUGGAGGGUGCGGUGGACACACCUUCCCUCAGCGAUAUCGAUCAGGAGCGGUCGCCCAUCACUGUGGCCAACAUCCUAGAGAGAACCGCUGAGGAGGAGGAACGUGCCCAGGAGGACAGAGGUCAGACUCCCAGUGACAGUGCAGGAAAGUCCCAGGAUGUGCCUGUAGAACCCGAGGGCCUAGCUGCAGAUGCUUUUGUGAGUGCAGAGGGCAUAGAGCAGGAGACCACAGUGGAGGCGUCUGAUGCCAAUGAAACGGAGCUUGAAGCACUGAGCAAGAAGGGAGCUGUGGGUGACAGUGAGGUGGCUGCAGGUGACGGUGAGGAGGCUGCAGCUGAAAGGGGCGAGGCUACAGGCAACACUGAGGAGGCUGCAGGUGAAAGGGACGAGGCUACAGGUAACACUGAGGAGGCUGCAGGUGACGGUGAGGAGGUUACAGGUGACAGUGAAGAGGCUGCAGGUGAAAGGGAGGAGGCUACAGGCAACACUGAGGAGACUGCAGGUGACGGUGAGGAGGCUACAGGUGACACUGAGGAGGCUACAGGUGACACUGAGGAGGCUACGGGUGACGGUGAGGAGGCUACAGGUGCCAACACAGAAAUUGUAGGUGAGAGUGGAGAAGCAGCAGAUGAAAGCACAGAAACAGCAGGCGUCAGUGUGAAAUCUGCAGGUGACAGUGCAGGCACUGCAGGUGACAGUGUGAAAGACGCUGGAGAAAGUGCAGAGGCAGGGACUGCUGUCAAUGAUGAGGACCUGGUGGAAGUCUCGCUCAUCAGUGACCAAGUCGAGGUCAGUGACCACAGUGUGAAGGACCCCGCCUUUGUUUCUGCCACCAUUGUAGCAGCGGAGGAGGAAGAGGAGGGUGUCACACAGAAGCCUGAUGAUGAAGCAGGAGUUAAGGCUCUGGAGGAAGAGCAGCCAGUGAGUGAAGCAGGAGCUAAGCCUAUAGGGGAAGAGCAGCCGGUGAGUGAGGCAGGAGCUAAGCCUAUAGAGGAAGAGCAGCCGGUGAGUGAAGCAGGAGCUAAGCCUGUAGAGGAAGAGCAGCCGGUGAGUGAAGCAGGAGCUAAGCCUAUAGAGGAAGAGCAGCCGGUGAGUGAGGCAGGGGUUAAGCCCAUAGAGAAAAAGCACCCGGUGAGUGGAGAAGGAACUGAGGAACCUGUAACUGAAGCUGCCACACCCACAGCACCUAACCCCAGCCAAGAGAAUCCGUCUUCUGAGAGACCAGACACCCCCGUCUCCCAGGACAUUGACAGGCCUGACUCCAACGUCACUGAGGGCGCUGAUAGGCCGGACCCCGCUGUCACUGAGGGCACUGAUAGGCCGGACCCCGCUGUCACCACAGAUACCGACAGGCCAGACCCCUCCACAGUAGAGGAGACGAAGAUGGAAGUGGCAGCUGGAAGGAGCACUCCAGAGAGUGCUGGCCCUGCCGCUAAGACCAAAGAGAUGAAGAUCGCCCGUCUGGACGUGUCCAGCGUGGCCUCUGACACAGAAAGGCUGGAGCUAAAGGGACAGCCAUCGGAGGAUGGCAGCCAAGGCCAGGCAGCAGCCCUGGGUUCCACCCCACAGGCUAAGGAGUCCUCCUCCUCAGACCGGUCCACCAUGUUCCGCAUCCCAGAGUUCCAGUGGUCCCACAUGCACCAGCGGCUGCUGACAGACCUGCUGUUCUCCAUCGAGACGGAUGUUCAGAUGUGGAGAAGCCACUCCACCAAGACGGUGAUGGAGUUCGUCAACAGCAGCGAGAACGUCAUCUUCGUGCACAACACGGUUCACCUGAUGUCACAGGUGGUGGACAACCUCAUCAUGGCGUCCGGAGGGAUCCUGUCUCUGCUGUCUGCCGCCACCUCCUCCUCUCACGAGCUGGAGAACGUGGAGCCGCCGCAGGGCCUGACGGCGGAGGCCUCCGUCACCUUCCUGCAGAGGCUGGUCAGCCUGGCGGACGUGCUGAUCUUCGCCAGCUCGCUCAGCUUCACCGAGAUCGAGGCCGAGAAGAACAUGUCCUCGGGGGGUGUCCUGAGGCAGUGCCUUCGCCUGGUGUGUGCCAUGGCUGUGCGGAGCUGUUGGGAGACCCAGCAGCACUCCCACUUCAAACCCGGCGCGGAAAACGCCUGGGGGCAGAAGGCCGGACAAAGCCUUGGGGGCGCUGCCAGAUCAGGUCCCUCCCAGAGUCCUUUGGACGUCGGGACAGGAGGGACGUUUCACUUUGGAGAUGUGGACCAGCUGCUGGAGGACAUAGACAUCAGCCGGCUGCGGGCAGUGGUCUUCAGAGACAUGGAGGACAGUAAGCAGGCGCAGUUCCUGGCCCUGGCGGUGGUCUACUUCAUCUCUGUCCUCAUGGUGUCCAAGUACCGGGACAUCCUGGAGCCCCACAACGAAAGGGGACGAGUCCAGCGCAGUGAGUCCAGCAAGAGCAGAGGGGCAGGUGGGGGCGUCCAGGCCGCGCUGGACAACGGCGUGUCCCCCCAGAGGAAGGACUCUGGCAUCGGGGACGAGCAGGGCUCCUUCGCUGCCAGCGAGGCGGAGUCGCAGGCUGGGGCCGGCUCCAGGCCGGACAGCGUCAGCGAGGUGCCCUCCGCUCCGGCCUCGGAGGCGAGGAGCCGUCAGGCCACGCCCCCGGUCAACGUCAAGGACAUCCUGCGCAGCCUCGUCAGCGGGCCGGCCGACGACAUCAUGGUGGACCCCAGCCUCCUCCCGCCCGCCUUCCUGGGGGCUGUGGGCGACUCCGCCAGGGACAAAUCUCAGCAGUUCCGCUCCUUUGACAGGAGUGUUGUGGUAGCACCCAAGAAGGGGGGAGGAGCUUCAUCUCAGGGAGCUGGCACCGUGUCUGCGGCCACGCCCGCCCCGGCCUCCGCAGCCAGCGCUCCAGGUGGGACGCCUGUCAACGACGUGGCUGUGGUGUCAUCGGGCAGUGCCACCCACAGCACCCCCUCGGAGUCUGACGCCGGAGGGGUCUCUGCCAGCGCUGAUCUGCCAGCUGUCCCCGCACUGUCCCCUCUGACCCGGGACUCGGCCUCCACCAUGAGUAUUUCGGAGAGGCUGGAACACGUGCUGGAGCGGGCCGCCCCCCUGCUGAGGGAGAUCUUUGUGGACUUCGCCCCCUUCCUGUCCCGCACGCUCCUGGGGAGUCAUGGGCAGGAGCUGCUGAUCGAGGGCACCAGUCUGAUGUGCAUGAAGUCCAGCAGCUCAGUGGUGGAGCUGGUCAUGCUGCUGUGCUCUCAGGAAUGGCAGAACUCCAUCCAGAAGAACGCGGGGCUGGCCUUCAUCGAGCUCGUCAACGAGGGCAGGCUGCUGAGCCUCACCAUGAAGGAUCACCUGGUGAGGGUUGCCAACGAGGCUGAGUUCAUCCUGAGCCGACAGCGCGCUGAGGACAUCCACAAGCACUCAGAGUUCGAGUCCCAAUCCGCCGAGUACUCGGCAGAGAAGCGUGAGGAGGAGAAAAUGUGUGAUCAGCUGAUCAGAGCGGCUAAAUACCGGGAUCACGUGACCGCCACCCAGCUCGUUCAGAAGAUCGUCAACAUCCUGACGGACAGGCACGGCGCGGGGGUUAGCUCCACUCUCAGCCGUCCCCGCGAGUUCUGGCGCCUGGACUACUGGGAGGACGACCUGCGCCGGCGACGGCGGUUCGUGCGGAACCCCCUCGGAUCCGCGCAUUCCGAGGCCACGCUCCGGGCCGCCGACGAACAUGAUCCCGAGGAGGAUGUUCUGAAAGGCAAACAGUCCAUCAGGAGUCAAGCUUUGGGAAAUCAGAACUCGGAGAGUGAGAUAUUGUUGGACGGGGACGAUGAUGCCCUGUCAUCCUUGGAAGAGAAGGAAUUAGAAAACUUAACGGGCCCGGUGAACAUGAGCUCUGGCGCGCAGCUGGUCGCCCCCGCGGUGGCGGUGAGAGGGACCCUGUCCAUCACGGCCUCGGCGCUCUACUUCGAGGUGGAUGAAGAAGAGCCUGGCUUUAAGAAAAUCGAUCCGAAGGUCCUGGCCUACACGGAGGGGCUGAACGGGAAGUGGCUGUUCAGCGAGAUCCGGGCCGUCUUCUCCCGCCGCUACCUGCUGCAGAACACCGCGCUGGAGAUAUUCAUGGCCAACCGGACUGCUGUCAUGUUCAACUUCCCGGACGCCGCCACUGCCAAGAAAGCUGUGCACUGCUUGCCCCGUGUGGGCGUGGGUACCAACUUUGGACUGCCCCAGACCAGGCGUAUCUCUCUGGCCAGCCCCCGGCAGCUGUACAAGGCCUCCAACAUGACCCAACGCUGGCAGCGCAGGGAGAUCUCCAACUUCGAGUACCUCAUGUUCCUCAACACCAUCUCCGGUCGGACGUACAAUGACUUGAAUCAGUACCCCAUUUUCCCCUGGGUUCUCACUAAUUAUGACACAGAGGAUCUGGACCUGACACUGCCCAGUAACUUCAGGGACCUGUCCAAGCCUAUCGGAGCGCUCAACCCCAAGAGGGCGGCCUUCUUCUCAGAGCGCUUCGACUCCUGGGAGGAUGACCAGGUCCCCAGAUUCCACUACGCCACCCAUUACUCCACCUCCAGCUUCACCCAGAUGUGGCUGCUCAGAGUAGAGCCCUUCACCACGUUCUUCCUCGAUUCCCAUGGAGGUCAAUUUGACCAUGCUGACCGGACCUUCUCAUCAGUGUCCAGAGCCUGGAGGAGCUGCCAGAGAGACACAUCUGAUGUGAAGGAAUUGAUCCCGGAAUUUUAUUAUCUCCCGGAGAUGUUUGUCAACUCCAAUAAUUACAACCUGGGAGUGAUGGAUGAUGGGACGGUGGUGUCUGACGUGGAGCUCCCACCGUGGGCCAAGACCCCAGAAGAGUUUGUGCGCACAAACAGGCUGGCUCUGGAGAGCGAGUUUGUGUCCUGCCAGCUGCACCAGUGGAUCGACCUCAUCUUCGGCUACAAGCAGCAGGGACCCGAGGCCAGCCGGGCCCUCAACGUCUUCUACUACCUGACCUACGAGGGCGCGGUCAACCUCAGCUCCAUCACCGACCAAGCGCAGAGAGAGGCCAUAGAAGCUCAGAUCCAAAGCUGUGGGCAGACGCCGUGUCAGCUGCUGAUUGAGCCCCACCCCCCACGGAGCUCCGCCAUGCAGGUGACGCCGCUCAUGUUCAGCGAGCAGUUGCAGCAAGACGUUAUCAUGGUGCUCAAGUUCCCCUCCAACUCCCCGGUGGCCCACGUGUCCGCCAACACGCAGCCCGGCCUGGCUACCCCUGCUGUCAUCACCGUCACCGCCAACCGCCUCUUCGCUGUCAACAAGUGGCACGGCCUGGGAGGAUAUCAAGGUUCAACUGUCCAGGAUCAACAGUACCAGUUACCUGUGGAGAUUGAUCCCCUCCUAGCCAGCAAUGCGGGCUCUCAGCGCAGGCAGGUGACCGACCUGCUGGACCAGAGCCUGCAGGUCCACUCUCAGUGCUUCAUCAUCACCGCCGACAACCGCUACAUCCUGCUGUGCGGCUUCUGGGACAAGAGCUUCCGCGUCUACUCCACUGACUCAGGGAAGCUGACCCAGAUUGUGUUUGGCCACUGGGACGUGGUGACAUGCCUGGCCCGGUCGGAGUCCUACAUCGGGGGGGACUGCUAUGUCCUCUCGGGGUCCCGGGACACCACCCUGCUGCUCUGGUACUGGAAUGGCAAGAACUGCAGCAUCGGCGAAAGCGUGGGGCCAGAGUUUGUGACUCCCAGAGCCAUCCUGACGGGUCACGACUGCGAGGUGACCUGUGCCAGCGUGUGUGCGGAGCUGGGCCUGGUCAUCAGCGGCUCCAGGGAGGGGUCGUGCCUCAUACACUCCAUGAGUGGGGACCUCCUGCGGGCCCUCGAGGGCCCGGCGAGCUGCCAGAAGCCCAGGCUGAUCCAGUGCUCCACGGAGGGCCACUGCGUGGUCUACUACGACAAGGGCCACUUCUGCGUCUUCAGCGUCAACGGCAAGCUCCUGGGCCACAUGGAGGUGGGGGACGGCAUUAAGGCCAUGCUGCUAAGCCGCGAUGGACAGUACUUGCUGGCUGGGGGUGACGGGGGAGUGCUGUCCGUCUGGCAGGUCCAUGACCUCAAACAGCUCUUCACCUACCCAGGCUGUGACGCAGGGAUCAGAUCCAUGGCCAUGUCACAUGAUCAACGGUGCGUCAUUACCGGCAUGGCCUCAGGAAGCAUCGUACUGUUUUACAACGACUUCAACAGAUGGCAUCACGAGUACCAGACCAGAUACUGAGGCCUGGACACUGGAGGGGGGGUGGCAAAAGUGGACCCCAUUCUACACUCCUGCCACUGGCUCCUAAAGGCACUACUCUAUAUACAUACUGAAUUCCUGAAUGUAAUUAAAAUCCCCUAAAAAACAAGCUAUUUUUAAAUGGGUAUUUGCUAUAUUUUGUAGAUCUAAAUAAAUUUCAUAUAAUAUACAACUUUGGGCUGGGUAAUAUAGCUACAAAUCUAUUUUUAGCUGUAAAAGUCUAUUUUCAUCUCUGUGUGAAGAAAAUGAUGGUUUGAGUGGUCAGUAGCUAGAAAAUUAUAUUUGCAUCAGUUGUCAUAAAACAUAUAUAUUUGUGUACUUGGGAGGAGGGGAGAUUUCAGUAUGUGCGAUAUGGAAAAAAAUUGUCUUUGUAAUUUUCAUGAGCUUUAUCUGUUUGCUGCUGAUGGCACCUUAGAAAAAGCAAUAUCCUGUGGGGUGAGGUUCGGUGCAGUACAUCUCAGUCCUGUUCUGUGGCAAAGCACUGUUUGAGUAACAGGGGAAAGAGGAAUCUCUUAGGUUUCACCUUACCUGAACGCUUGGGCUCACUUUCCGCCCCUCUGUUUAAAAUGAAAUGAUACGUGCCUCUGGCAACCGCCGAAAUGCUGCAGAAACCCCAGCCUCUGAAGAGGCUGCUUAGAGACAAAUCAAAGAUUACAUCUUGGAACAAAGAUGGCCGUUGGUCAGCUGGUAGAUGUUGUUCCUGAAAGGUGCUGAAAUAUUAAAACCUUCUUGUGUAGGGCCAGCAGGUAAGCUCAUGCACCAAGUGGUCAAAGUCCAGGCAAGCCUGCAGGUAGCUUUCAGCCAGAAGGGGGCGCACUGUGUUUCCAGGCUGCCCUGUGGACUUCUCAUCAGCACCGCCAGCGUCUAGCUGAUCCUCAUGACUCAAGUGUGUCUGUCCGUCUGUGUGAAAUACCAUUGAAAUGAUGCACAGGAAGUGAGCAGGCCAGCUUGGUCCACUUUACGAGCUCUUGCUGAAGGAUAAAUAGAAUCAAAGCCUUUUAUCCUCGGUCCCCAGCUUGCCUGUUCAUGGGGAGAUAAGUCUAAUGUGAAAGGUGUGAAUCUGCUUUAGGACGACCGUGUCCCCUACUAGAAGCACUCUGAUAAACUUAUAUGGUUUGUUUAGUUUAUCUAAGGUCAGCCAGGUGACGAUGCAACUGCAACGAACCGCUGUAUUUUUACGUACUGUAAUACUGACUGCUUUGGUCACUGAUUUGGAAAUGUCUUUUGAUGUGAUGAGUUUAAACAAUAAAAUGGAAUUUAUA